CAUAGACUUCAUUAUACAAUUUAAAGUAUAGACCAUGGCAGACCCUGAAGAGCCUGAGGAUCUGUGGCUGUUCGGCUACGGCAGUUUGAUAUGGAAGCCACCGCCACAUUACGACCUCCGUCUCCCUGGAUACAUAGAAAAUUAUGUCAGAAGGUUCUGGCAAUCUUCUGAGGAUCACCGUGGAACGCCAGAAGCCCCAGGCCGAGUCUGCACAUUAAUCGAUCGUAAACUCUGGGAGACUCUCACCGAUCAACAUGCAUCCGCCCCGCCACGAGUCUGGGGCGCAGCAUAUCGAAUACCCGCAGCCAAAGUCGCAGAAGUAAAAGAAUACAUGGACAUCCGAGAGAUCAACGGCUAUUCAAUCCAAUACACUCCUUUCAAACAACCAACGAAACCGCAAGACAUGUCCGCCACAUUCCAAGACGUCCACGUGCCGAACAACUUCUCCACGGACGGGAAAGCAAUCAGAUGUCUUGUGUAUAUUGGCCUACCGGAUAAUCCGCAAUUUCUUGGUCCUCAGGACCCGCAGGCAUUGGCAGAGCAUAUUGUGAAGUCGAGAGGGCCGAGUGGAGAGAAUAAGGAUUAUCUUUAUGAGUUGGAGGCUGCGUUGAAUGGAUUGAGUGAGGAGAGUGGAGAUGAGCAUAUUAGUGACCUGGCUAGGAGAUGUAGGGAGAUCGAGGCGAGAAACAGAGCAGAGGGAAGUGAGAAAUAGAAAUAUAGAGUCGCG